UAACUAACGUAUUGUGACUAUCAUAUACGUGGUGGUGUGAUAAGAACUUAUCAAUACCUUGCUGGUAUUACUGGAAAUAUGUAUGUGUUUCUGGUUUUAUUAUGUGUUGUGUUCAGUAUCAAUGCCCAGAGCUGUCAUUUUGGGAACGACUGUCCCAAGACAGCAACGUGCUGUAGGAACAUGGCUGGUCAGCCUUUAUUGCAUUCGGAAGGUUUUGGGCACUUUGGCGGAGGGUUAAUAAUGGACCGUUCAGGGCAGUGUACAUCACAGUUGUCACGUGAACACGAAGCAUGUGACUCACAUUACUGUAAAUGUGAACCAGGCUACGAGUGCUAUACACCGAUGUCCGGGGUGUGCUGCCCACAGGCUCGCUGUUACAACGCCACCUGGGUGAAGCAACAGAGGGAGUACUGGCAUAACUGUAUGUCAAACCCUAACUGUGCUCUCCCACCUUAAGUGAAGACGCUGUUUACCAAUAUGUACACAAAUUAAAUAUAUGUACCUUUAGUAAUUUUUGAUCGUUGUCAAUAUCUUGAGUGAUUUUAAAAUUUGUACUUUAGAAAACCUAGUGCUAAGGACACAUGGUACAAACAAAACACAAACGAUAUGUUGGUUCGUGGAGAUAUAAUUAUUUUUAGAUUUAUUUCGGGUCUUUUAUCGAAGAUUUAAAAUACUCAAUUCUUUCUUUUUUGCCACAACCCCUGUUAAAUUAUUUUAGCUCUUUAAAAC